AGAAAGAGAGCGACGCUGCGAGGAGAGAGGGUGAGUCUGUGCGUGUUUCCAACAUGGCGGCCAGCGGAUGCUUGGACGGGGAACGGAGCGAAGAGCUGGGACACGGCGGCGUGUGCAAGGCGUCGUUUCUCGACAUGAUUCGACCCGAACGGAUAUACCACCAGCGCGGAGGCGCAGAGUUCGACUACGUCAGGUCCACGGCUGGGCCUGCGUCUAGCGGAGGGCCGGCAGGCCUGACGAAAUGCCUCGUUGAGAGGCUCGGCAGCGGUGCUCCUCAGUCUGUGCUGGUGAACAACAAAGUGGUCGUCGCCGCUGCAUCGUCCCGAGGCCUAGCGUCGAGUACGGUACGUCGGGACGGUUACGACGGUGAUCAGGAGCCGCCGGAGUUUGAGACCGAGCAGCGCCGCAACCAUCGCUACGAUCGGGCUGCGAGCACGGACAGUGUCGCCACGAGCAGCGGCGAGUCAUGUCGGUCAUCGAGCGACUCCGCCUCGUCAGCACCGUGCUCCCCGGAGAGCGUCAUCAGCGACUCCGGCGGCGCCGAAGGCCUACCCGACAGCGUCGCCAGUCUCGUCUCCGGGGAGCUGUUGGACGCCGCUGCGCCGCCGCCGGACUCCGGGUUCAACCUGUCCCGGCUCCUGCUGCCCCAGCAACACCGGCAAGGGGAAACCGCCUCCGAAGCCCGCAAGCGCGACCUCCGACUCGUCGACGAAGUUGUGGCCGCCGCAGCCGCCGCGACUUCGGUCGCGACGUCGCCUCCAGACUCCCGUCCCGUCGCCUCGCCAGCUUCGCCGCGUCCACAGUCGUCUGCUUCGGCCGCCGUCGUGUCUUUGUCGUCUGCUUCGUGUCUUUCAUCAUUGUCAUCUGCUACAACGACUGCCACAUCGUCUGCUGCUGGAGCGGCGUCGUCGUCUGUUUCGAUCUCGACGUCGACCUCUGCCGCGGAGCGUUUUUUAGCGAACGGCGCCGCGUCUACCCCUGCGCCGUCAGUGACGUCGCAGGUUCCGAGCGUGUCGGUGUCGUCUUCCAGUGGCUGCUCGGCGGCGACUACCGCGUCCCACGCGGUCGCGUUGUGUGUGACAUCGUCUGCAGCGCCGUCUGCUACAAUGUGCCGGCAAACGUUGAGCAAGUGUGGUGCUGCUGUGUCCCCGACGUCAUCACCUACGUCACCGUCUCAUCCGGGAGCUUGUGCCAAAAGCAGCCGACGCAAGAGGAGGCUAUCUGGAGACUCGAGGAAGCGGGACAGCCCGCCCGUAUCGAGUGAAGAUGAUGCGGAGGACGAAGACAUCUGUCGCCGGAGAGAGGCCGAAGUUAAAUCGCUGCUGCGGCACUGCAUCGAUCUCGUCACGGACCGGCUGGACCCUCAACACUGUACCAGCAGCGGCAGUACCAGUUCAUUACGGGGGUACCGGAGGGACCACCUGUCUUCCCCGGAACCGCACCACAACCGUCACCACCAUCAACCAGAAAGUAGCAACGAAGAGGCGGCGGUGGCGUCGUCGCCGCAAAACAGCAGAUGUCACCAAGAUUAUCAGGACCAUCAUCACUGUACCAGCCAUCACCAGGAGCGACUAGUGCACGACGUCGACCGCAAGGAGGCCGAGGUCGCAUCCACGAGUUGUGAGCAGCUGAGCUGCCAAGUCCAAGAACAUCUUCACACGGGUCAUACUCACCACCAUCAUCAAAACCGCCACCGUCACCACUCGCAAGAUCACAGCUCCCAUGACCAAAACCAGCACCUAAGAGCACCGUCACCCAGCUUACCGCCUUGUUCACCAGAGUGCAGUAGUAGCAGCAGUAGUAGCAGCAGCAGCAUUCCAGGAGACGAAGACUCUCAGUGUCUACUAGAGACCCAGACUACAGUGGAAGGUGAUGCGACACCGGCGAAUACUCUGUCGACAACGACGGAUUCCACGGUGACGACGACGCCGGCGGUAUCCUUCACGGCGACGACGGUGACGUCGUCUGCGACGGCGGCUUUGAAAUCAACGACGUCGCCUUCUUCGUCGUUGUUACUGGGCUCCGCCACCGCCGCGCCUUCGCCGUGUUCCUCGUCGUCACAGUCGUCGACGGGUACGGCGUCGGUAGCCGCUGAAGACGGUUUGUUCGCGUGUCGCUGGCUGGAGUGUGAGAUGCGACUUCGGAACGAGGAUGCGUUGGGAGACCACGUCCGUGGGGCCCACGUGGAUACCCAGACCAGGGACCAAGGGGUCUACCUCUGUCGGUGGCAGGGAUGCAAGGUGUUCGAGCGGCGCUCGUGUUCUCGGCAAUGGCUGGAGCGUCACGUGACCCUCAGCCACUGCGGUUCUCGUCCGUUUCCCUGCAUUGUUGCCGGCUGCGGGCAGCGGUUCGGCUCCCAGGCCGCGCUGCAGAGGCACGUCAAUGCCCACUUCGAGAGGUCGCUAAACGGCUCCGGUCCGGUGCCGCUUGGCGGCGGCGCUGGAAGCAGCGGCUCCGGGAGCGGCGUUGCAUCAGGCGGAAAUCUCCUCGGAUCUCGAGGCCUGGGCUCCAAGGAGCUCGCGAACGGCGAGUCGCCGCUGAAGCUGCUCAGGCUGCGCAAGAAGCUCAAGUGCCGGCGUCGAGCGUGGGCUACCGCCAGAGUGUGUUCGAGUUCGAGUCGGCGCUCGUGUUCUCGGCAAUGGCUGGAGCGUCACGUGACCCUCAGCCACUGCGGUUCUCGUCCGUUUCCCUGCAUUGUUGCCGGCUGCGGGCAGCGGUUCGGCUCCCAGGCCGCGCUGCAGAGGCACGUCAAUGCCCACUUCGAGAGGUCGCUAAACGGCUCCGGUCCGGUGCCGCUUGGCGGCGGCGCUGGAAGCAGCGGCUCCGGGAGCGGCGUUGCAUCAGGCGGAAAUCUCCUCGGAUCUCGAGGCCUGGGCUCCAAGGAGCUCGCGAACGGCGAGUCGCCGCUGAAGCUGCUCAGGCUGCGCAAGAAGCUCAAGUGCCGGCGUCGAGCGUGGGCUACCGCCAAACAUGCCGACUUCUUUGAUGCCGGCGUGAUGGAGGAGCUCAAGCACCGGCUAGCAGGCGUGAGUGCUCCGCGGUCGCCCGCUGAACCCCACUCCUGGAACGGAUCCACGGUCACCUUCCAUGGAACGGUGGUGGCGAAAAGGAAAGAAAACACUGGAAAAGUGAAAGUGCUACUUCACUGGGUUCCUGAGAACAUCCUGCCGGAUAGCUGGGAGUCUGAGAGCCAGAGCACUGAAAAGGUGGUCGCCCUAUCCUCGCUGUCCGCUGAUGACCUGCACACGCUAAACCUGUGGCCCAAGGAUCUGCCAACGCCGUGUCAGGGCUUGUCAGGAAGCUGCCGACGCAAGCGGAAGUGAUGGUGAUGACAAGGUCACUCAGGGUCGUAAUGCUGCAACACUGCCACACUUUCUUUUGAUUUUCCAACAAUGCCAUUCAUCGUCAACAGCUGCUCCACCGACAAAUGCAGCACACACGCAUGUGGACACAAAGUGCAUCAUCGUUGGGAGCGUAAUUUAUUUUCCGAACUUUCAUACCACGCAUCUCGUCCUGCAUGGCUUGGCAGCCACAUUCCCAUCGCCAAGUGCCCUUCGGAGGCAACGGACUCCCCACUGCCUUCACCGACUGCGCUGGCAAAUCAGUGACUGCAGAUACGGCAUCGGAUGUGGCUGUGUACGUUGCCAGAACUCUCAUCAUCAGGUGCGCAGGGUGGGAUGGGAAGCGGUGCACCCCUCCUUGUGGUGUAAAUGCUACAUACUUAUCUGCCUCAUUUUGACAGUUUAGUCAGUGAAAGACAGCAGUUCUUCUCCAUCUUCGGUGCACAGUAGCCGCGGAUGCAUUUCCACAUCGAAAGGCGGUGCCGUGUAGAUUGCACCACGAUCCAUCGUGUUCAAGCCCAAGCGGGUUCCCUACAAUUCUGGACUGGAAAUGAAACUGCAAGCGGCUCGUUGGCGACUUGACGACUGUCGUCUUUGGUCAACAGAUUGGUCAACAGCUCAUGACACUCACUGCCCAUGCAGAACAGCACUGGUGGACAGUUUGAAGUUAGCCAACACUAUGCAGAUGUUUGUCAUCAAAGCGCUGUGGGGUGGUUUUACUAUUAUUUUCUUAUUUAGUCACUGCUGCUCAUUUCCUUCAUGACCUUAUGCGACAUUUACAUGUAAGAUUGAGUUCAUGUCAAAAAAUUGCCUAUCGAUUGCUGCAGCUGGCUGCUUCUCAACUUAAAAGGGUUGUUUUUCCACUUGGAGUGUAGAACGAGUAUAAGAAAAAUGUCAUAAUGAUACUAAAUUUUCUUAGUUUUCUUUAUUGCACUUACUUUUGUUGAGGCCAUGAUAGGAGGGCUUGAAAGUGUCUGUUGACUACACUGAAACUUCAACGCAAUUUCAUGCGUUUCUUUUCGACAAGCCUCAUUAAAACUUGGGCUUCUUGCCAGUGGCAUGUCGGGCUGAGUGGUGGCAUUGUAUUAAGUAUAUGCGACCCCACAAACUUCAAGAACUUUCUUGGUUCCUAAAAUACAUAGAAUUUUGAUGGCUAAUGUAAAUGUCCCUUGUGCGAACAAUCAUUUGUGUGCAACUUUAACUGUUCCAUUUAGAACUGAUUCAUUCUGUGGUUGUAAUCAAUGUGGAGUACGAUCGAUCCAGGUCAGAGCUAUCGAAUGAAGUAGCUGGGAAGCCAGGCAAACAUUUUUCGAAAUUGUGCCAUAACUUUGGAUAGGUUAACUUUAAAAAAAAUGUUCUUCUAUCAAAAUAUGUAUGAAUUCUAGAGCACAUUAUAUAACCGUUGGGCUUCAGCUUGUCGCCACUCAGCAGACAUGCUGCAGCAGCCAGAUGUUGCCGUGAAUCUGUCAUCUCGUUUAGUCGUGCUGUACAGAUGUAUGGCUAUGAAAAUGCCAACAAAAAAAUUGCACCUUUCUUUUUCACAUGGGGACAAAACCGCACCGGAACAGUGCUUGGAAGAUGAACGAUAACCUACUGCCAUAUUACCGAUUUACAAUUAUGCAAGAAACCCUCAGCGACAUAAUGUGUGCUCUGCAAUUUUGUGUGUAUGCAAUUUAUGCGAGGAUGUUUGCAAAGUAGAGCUGGGAACGAGUUUUGUUUUACUUACACAUAAUGGUCUAUAUUGUGUAUCUGUUGCUUACACGCUUCCAUGAGUGGGCAUUGGAUGCACAUGCAGCAGACAUUUGUGUUCAGCUAUUGCUAACAGGACUUGCUCCUUAUUCCACACAUAGCCUACACUGUUGUGAACACAAAAGAGUCAUUUAGGCUGCCAAGCAAUGGCGCAGGCACUUUGUUCUUUCAGUGAGGGUAAAAACUGAAGCGUGAGUUCUCAGUGUCAUCUUAUUUUAUUGCCGCUCCAAAUUAGUUUUCUGCAAACCUGCGAUGUGUUAAGUUUCAGUUUUUGAACAAGGAAACCUGACAAAUUUACAGCUAAGUGACCAUUUCAAAGUUGUCGUGCACUAACAUACAACAUUUGUUCUAUGUUGAGGUUUGUGCUCAACAAACACUGGUGUGUCCCUGACAUUACAGAUGUUGACCUACAUUUUUAAGAAAAAAAUUGGAUGCACUCUUUGGGGCUUUUGUUGUCUGCAAACAUAAAAAGUCUAUGUGACUUUUUCCUGAUACUUCAUACCGGGCACUUCGAAGUCAAAUGGUGUGUGCAUUGUCAACAUGAAAUAGCAUUCUUGACUGGAAAGGUGCUUAGUUUUCAAAAAAGAAACGCAAGCAGGACAGAUGAUUAAUAUUGCUUGGAGACAAGACGAGCCUCAAAAUCUGUGGACUUCUUUUGUAGUUCUCUCAAAGGAUAGACAUACCGAGAAAGACAUACCAAGAAAAACACAUUUGCAUGUGCCUACUUGCAAUGAAUGUGUCUGUUGAAUGUGUCUACUUGCAUUUGCAAGUAGACACAUUUGCAUGUACACAGAUCUUCAUAUAUGAUCGCGAAUCCGUCUCAUUUCCGUGUUAAUAUUGUGGUAAAUAUACCACUCUGAAUUAAUUCUGCAUCCUUCUGUACAUUUAACACGAAGAACUUAAGUUACGUGAAUGUCUGCAGCCAUGAUUUUAUAGUAGGGCGAAUUUUGAUAACAAACUGCCAAGUGUAGAGGAGAUAAAGAAUUGGCCAAGCAACCUUCUCGGUUUGCUUCUACUUAUAACCAUGUUUUAACACAUUUCUGGUGAGUUGUCAUGAAAUUGUAAUUAGUUGUCAUCCAGAUGUCCUUGUCAACUGCCUACACCAGGUAUUUUAGCGAAUGCUUCUUACAGUAGUGUCAUUUUUCGUUAGCCACAACCACUGAAAGUUAGAGGCAGUAAAGCUGGAGAAAGAAAAGGGUAGUUCAUUAUUACCUUUACUUGCAAAGUAAAAAUAAUAAGACUAAUGGAAAUCAGAUUCCACAAAACAGUAACUUGACAGUUGGUGACCGAACCCGCAUCUUUAGCAUUGCAUGAGCAGUGUAUUGAACAGCCAUUGAUGUCCUUGUGGCAUUGACAUUCGCUGCAGGGGAACGAGUGACCUCGUUCAUAGAGCUCCUUUUAUUUGUACUGUCCUGAUCGUAGAUAUGACUUGUAAAUGAGGCUAAUAAUUUCCGUACAAAAGUUUGAGACAUCUGUCCUAUAAAGUUAAACCAAAAGCAAGCUAAAUGUUACAAACUGGCUCCGCCUACACCCAGCAAUCACACAAGACUACAGUGAAAUGGGUACUGCUGUAAGAAAUUGAAGUGAAUUCAUUUACACUGUGCACCAGCCAAUUACGCUUGCUAAAUUCGUGAGGCACCUGUUUUUCUUUAAUGCAGUUAAUUUUGCCGUGCCGAUCAUUCUAUCACUGGUUUUACGAUGAUGUUUGAACAUCCUGCAAAUUCCUGUAGAUAAUAGUGUGUGUUCAGUAAAAGGUAACACUAGCUAAAAGCAACAAACUUUACCAAUAAGCUUAGCAUCUAUGUUAGCAUCGCAAGAACACUUUAGCUUCAAGCACACUCCAACUGGAACGGCUCUCUUACAGUGGAGGACAGGUGAACCAUAGAUUUGUGCGUGCCGCUAGCACCAAAUUCUUAUGUUGUCUCUGAGUGCAGACGUUUAUUUGAUAUAGGAACAACAAUGCCUGCACAAAUCAAUGCAAUACUUGCCAUUAUCGGCAUUCUGCAUCUAGCAACGUUCUGGUAGUUUGUGUAGACACUGGCAUCGGCCUUAAUAAUUUUAGUAUGAAUGUGUAGACACUAGUGCCAGUCUUAGUAAUUUGAGCACUAAACUUUAUUGUCCAACUUAACAAUCUAGACUUUAUCAACGUUUGCUUUAAGGCCUUCUUUCAGAAUCACUGGAAGCAUUUUCUGAAAUGCCUGGUAUAUGCCCUGGUCACUUAAAGUAGAUGUGCAAAUGAUAGAGACAUUCACCUUGCCUUCUACUGCGGUAGCCUUUUUAAGAGCGUUGUUUUUUUUUUUGUCAAUUCUACGAACACUGCCAGGGAUCACCGCACAUUGACUGAAAUAAGAGCCGGAGUAGCUGAGGUGCGUUGUUGCAAGGAAACUGUAAAAAACCACAGCAAGCGAGACUGAUCUUUUUCCUCGGAACUUAUUUGAGACUUUAGGUCUGACCCAUUUUGUGCAGUACAGAGAUAGCCAGUAUUGGGUCUUGCCAGAUUCUCUGUCGACCUUGAUUGCCACACAUUCAAGCACCACUUCGGUGCUGCAUAGCUGUGGUCACUGAAUCCUUUGACAAAAUUAACUUGCCUUGUGAGAAGGGUGUUAAUUAAAUAUAACUGAAGAAUAAGCUUGCUAUGCUUACCAUAAUGCAUAGUUUUACAAUACGGAGACGUUUCAUGUUUUGUCAUUGCUCUGAGACUGCAAGCUCAGACAUGGGCUUCGGGAGAAAUAAUUUGUUGAGAUUUUUUUGUUGAUGUUAUUAUGUUGUAUGGUUUCGUGAACUUUCGUGCCUGUGCAUGGCCUUCUCGCUUUUGACAGGAGCAUUUCAUCUUUACAGUUUCCUCUGCAACUUUGUGCGAUAAAGCAAAUGGGAUGCAAUUUUUUCUGGCCAGUUUUUCCUUUUUAGUUCGUAUGAAAGAUAUCCAGGUGCAAUGCACUUUUUUCUGGGACCAUGUGCCUUUUGUGUCACUAUCUCUGAAUGGUGGAUGGACUUGAGUCGGUUCUUUUCCACAUCCUUGAUGCACCCGUCACGGCAAGCAAUUUGACCUUGACCACUAGCGCAUUUGCUGCGUGUAACAUCCUUCACGGUCCAAAGAUGACUGGAGAUUCGCAAUAUCAACCUGUGUUCUCUAUAAAAACAAAAAUUUUAACGAAGCCCUUUGAAGCUGCAGCUUUGUAGUUUCUCGACAGCUUGUAUCAAAGUACGCUGCUCCAGAUAGAGAAGAACGAUUGUUUCUCCUUCAUUUAGUUCUUUGGUUUCAUGGUUCUAACCAUCAGAAAAACAUUUAGUUCGUUAAGCUUAUUAUUUAAAAAUUUAUAUGCUAAGCAAAUUUUCAUUGUUCAGUUGGUCACAUUUGUGGUUUGCCGACGGGUUCAAGUGACGUGGUGAACGUGUUAAUAGAUUCACGGAGUUUUUUCUUGUAAGGCACAGUGGAUAGCGUUGAAAAAAUGCAAGUGACUAUGGGUGCGUCGGUGCUGGUAUUUUCCAAAAAUGCCAGCACUGGGAAGUGGUUAGCAUCUGCCAACUUUGUGAUGCCUGUAGCGUAGGUAUCGAAUGGCAUUCAAAAUGGGCCAGACUUUGGUUUCACGAAUAAGAGGAAAGCAUGGGGAGUAACCGGCAUCCCCGACAGUAGCAGUUUUGUUCGCGCCUUCUGCAGACGUCAUGGCGCCUGCCAUAGGCGUCGCAGCUGCUGCCACCUCUAGUUGGGAGCUUGCAACUGGAAGUCGAAAGUGAAAAGGACUUGAAAUGGUGUGCAGUUGUCGCGGUUGUGGGCGGUGGCCGUUGGAUGUUUUGUCACGGUUGGCAGGAGGUUGCAGCGUCGUGUCUUGGGUAGUUUAGUGAGUGACUGCCGUGCCGCGACUUGUCUUAUCACCCUCGAAUGCAAUGCCUGGGCUUCUUCUCGCGCAGCGAUUGUAUAAGUGUACGCAAAGUCAUCCCGUUCAUUCUGUGACGUCACUGUAACCACGUUCGCACCCUAUUGCGCGUGCCAGCCAUCAGCGUAGCCGACACGGACGCAAUAUUAUUUAUUCCACUCGCCGCAUGUAACAUUUCUCCCUACAUCCGGCAUGUUGCGGUACGGCUUAGCACGAAUGUUAACUUGACCUCCGAGUGUUUCCCUGUGUAGUGCACAGUGACGAAGCAGAUUGCUACAGCAUCACAAGCUGGCAUUUUUUGGUCAUUCAGAAGUCUUAGAAGGAGUUACCAGAGAUAGUGGCACGUGACGCAGUGCUAUACAGACAUUUACACUGUAACAUAAUGAAAAGUAUAUAUAAAUAUAUAUAUUAUAUCGACUUUCAUAGCAGAGCUUGUAAUGAGGCCUAAUAUUUCACACGUAUAUUGACGAGCUGCGCCUAUUUACUACAACCCCAAACUUCCCUUGUACUGGAAAUAUUGAUGCCCUUACGGAGACACUAACGAGAUGUAUCACUGCCAUCAACCUGCUUAAAUAUGAAAUGUAGGGAUUUUAAUUUUGCUUAAGGGAUCAUUUUGCCCAAUGCGAUUCACUUGUUUCAAAAACACGCUCCCUGUUUACUAACAGGGAAUCAUACUAAAUGACGGAUGAUUUGCCGCGUCGACCUUCAAAAAACGUCAAAAACAUGCACGUUGCAAACGUGCCUAAUUUGUGCUUUACCAACAGGGAAAAAGUCUGCCCUCAAGAUUGAGCUUUGUCAUUGGAAUCGGAGUAAGUGGGAUUGGGUAACGACAUGAGUGAGAAAAACCCCUGAACGAUGCGCGCCUCGUUGUUGCGAGCUCCGUUGGAACGAAAAGGUUGAUGGAGGUGCGCACCUCGCUAUUGUAUAAAUCCCAGCGACCAGCUUAUAAACUCCCCGUGUACAUGCUCCACCUCCUCGACCAAGUCUCCCGCUCUACCAGCCAACAUGUUCAACACUGCCAUUGUAAAGAGAAUGUAAACAGUGUUUUUAACGAAGCUGUUUAUAAGAGUUAUAUACCACGUGAGAUAAAUAUAUUCGAGGUUUGUUAGCGUAGUGGCUAGCGUCCCUAGCCGCAACCGGAUGCAGCCAAAAAUGCGUGACACUGGCACAGCGCUGCACUCAGCGUACAUCAGAAUGAGGAGGACGCGUUCCGAGUUUGCUGUUUAUCCAAAUGUGGUGUUUUGUCGUAAAGGGUGUUGGUCAGCUGUAACUACCAUCAUCGUACUAUCUUUAUUGCAUGUUUUUCGUACUGUGAAAGUCAUCGAGCUCUAUGGCAUUGUGGGCUUUCUUUUUCUUUUUUAUAAGUGUGUCUCACUUCGUGAAUGGGUUCCUCUUACCUGAUGGUAUUUCUAUCUGUAAUGGGUUGCCUGAAACUUGGCUUUGGUGAUGGUUCAAGCUAGUGUUCAUGCAGGAUUGGUGCACACAGUUGAACGAAGCUUUGUUGCUAUAUUCUUAUUUUUUCUGAAAUUGGGGUGGAAUAACUCGUGUGAUUAUACGCAAAUUCGCUGUUCUCAAUCGUUCUUGUUGCAGUUUUCUAUGUGAGAAUGCCAGUACGACACGAGUGAUGUCUUUGAUGCCGCAGUAUUGGUCUGGUAACCAAAACUACUGUAAAUGCUGGGGGGUUUUAGCGUGCAUGCUGUCGAAACCUUGUCUGUUGUGGUGUUGUCAUCAACGGUCUCGUGACCCGUGAGAUUCCCGGGAUGAGUGACGCAUUUUUGCCUCUUAGUCUGAAAUUAUUCCUGCUAGAUUCCUUAAUGCUGGUGUAGUUAUUUCUGCACAAUUACGAUUCACAUGAUGUUGACGUCGCUGCCUAAGAAUUCUCUGUGGUUGUGGCCUGUUUUUCGUUGAUUCAAAAUUCAAGAUGGCGUUCAUCUUUAGUAUGACGUAAUGAUCAGUGUCUCUUCUUUCUCGGGACUUACGCUCUCGCAGCUGUAUUAUUGGCAUGAGUGUCACUUUUUGAGGGCAUGCUGAUAUACACUGGCAUUAACAGUUUCGUGCAGCCUAAAAUUUAAUUGAACAUGCGGCUCAGUGAAUGACCUUCUGGAUUACAGUCAAGAUGCGUUCUUGUGGCAGCGGUCGUUUCACGCCUUGUUAUUUUUCGUUAAACUAGAUUCGAACCCUGUCGCUAGAAGCUUCACUUUAUAAUAUGCGAUUCUUGUGCGUGCUUAAUUUCUGUGGGUGAUUUCUUACCUCUAUUGUCUGGAUGGUCAUGUUCAAAAUGGUCAAGGUAUGGGUGCUUGAAGAGUCGUGUGGGGCGAAUGUCGGGCGUUGCGUGCACGUACGCUUUUGCAAGAAAGCUUGCUGGUGGAUGCGUUUGGUGAACGUGUGCACUACAUGCUGGUUGCUGUGUUCCAGAUUAAACUCUUUCCUUAGGUGUGCUUAACAGUUCUAAAAAUGUAUUACUUGCCGGCCAUUGGUUUGUAGAUUUGCCUCCAUUGGGCUUGUUUGUAGUGCUAGUCAUAUUGCAGAUAGCGUUGCUGCGAGUGAGACGCAAGCAGGGUCGGCACCUCGACUUGCAAAGCUUGCGUCGAUAUAAGCUGGCAUUUCUGUUUUGGCUCCGUGCUUUUUUUUUCUCAUUGUUGAUUGUUUUGAUGCUCGUGCUGAGGAUUUGCAAACAAGAGAGCUCAAUUUUGAUGCCGUUUACAUCGCGAAAAUGCCAAAUCCGGGUUCCGUUUGAGUUUGGAAUUGUUCGAGUCUUACCCUGUGUUUCAUUCGGGUUGAGGCACCACUGAGUUAGUCAAACAGCAUAUUUUCUUUUUUUCUGUGUUCGGUUACGUUUGCUGCACGGCAGUGAGCCGUCAUGGUGAGGAUACUUGUCAGUUGUAGGGACCAUGCUUGCUUGCUUUGAAGCCAUCUUAAAGCUUGGAACAGUUCAUAAUAAUGUCUUGAAUUACUUUUCAGUGUGUAACCACUUCAUUUAUGUGUUCAUGACAUCCAUUAUUUACUAAUACCAUACAUGCGAGAGCUUACGUACCUCUUCGAUAAUUUUUUAGUUGGCCCAGUGACAAAAAAACAGCGCGGUGAUGUUCUCAAAUUGCCUCUUGCUUUUAUCGAUGGCGGUUCCUCCACUACCCAAUCUGAACCGAAUUUCAAAAUUUUUGAAAUUGUCAGUUAAUUGGAAGAAGUGAAGUAGUUAUGCAUGGCUGAACUGGCAAAAAGGAAAUCUUUUAAAAACUACUGCAUAUCCUUCAUCAUUACUUCCUUGAGUUAUCCACGUCAUGACAAUUUCCCAUCAAAGCGCGCAUUGGUUAUCAUUGUGCUCGAAGUUUUGUUUCUUAUGCUCCCCACAUAAAGUGGAAGGAGUCCAAUGAUCUCGUAAACCAGAGCAGGCGAAGUUUCGAACGAUCGUGGCAGCUGCUCUUGGAUCUCCUCUCAAUGUUAAGUUGCAUGUGAAUGUUGCUUGAUCUGUGUCAAUUUAGUUUGAAUGUUAUGGAGAAAAGCUUGUCUAAGAAAAACUUUCAGAUCCAUGUAUUUCUGAAAGAAAGCGUAAGAAAGUGUGUCUGGGUAGCCUUUCACUGCCAUUUGUUAGGCAUAUGCCAUAAGCGUUUGUUUCGUCUCCUGGUAAUCCGCGUACCAAGUACGGAACGAUUGCAUGACUGAUAGUUUAAACCUGAUACCUUUUUGGAUUGUGUUCUGUGGGCUGCUUUAUGAGCGUCCAAGAGUCUGCUAUGUGUCAGAAUUUAUUUGCUUUUGGUUUUCAUUCAAAUGGCCCGUGUUUUCUUGGGAGUGGGAUGGUUUGUGGGAACAAACAUGUCUCCUUUCUUACUUCAAUAAGUUCAGUAUUAACAUUUUCAGAAGCGUGCGUUCGUGAUUGAACGUGAGCUGCUUCUGCCUGCAAGGAUUGCUUUUGAGGUAAAUCUUGUUUUGACUGGGACCAAGCCUUUUCUUAUUCCAUGAACCUGGCUUGAUCUUCUAAGAGCUGAAGCUUGGAUGAGUUGGUAGGGAUCCAUUUAGAAGGUCUUAACAGCGCAUACGAGAUCAGGAAAUGGACAGGUGAGGCAGUGCUGUUUGUCUCUGCUUGUUUUGUCAUGUUUCCUAAUCUUAUACGAGCUGUUAUUACAUUCUAAAUUGAUCUUCUAGUUUCCCAGAUUUUGUUCAGCCCUGCUCAGUAUAGGAGCCUGAUUAUGUUUUUUUUUUUCAAAUAUCAGGAAAAAAGAGCCUUUGGUUCAGUUUUGUGCAAUGUGGCACGAUGAAAGUCUACUCAUAUCCAGCGUACUGCGAAAUAUCAUGCCUGAAUCAGUGCGUUCUAGCUAUGUGCUUAUGUACAUAAUUUAUGCAAGCACCAUGGCACAAUGUGGAGGAUAAAGAUGGUCAUACACAAUGCAAGGCAUGGUGUUAAGUGAAAUAAGCUUAACUGUGCCACAGACAUUACCUUUUCCAUCUUUCGUUCGAUCCGCAUCAGUUGUGAGUUUUCUUCGAAUGCCACCAUGUCGGUUCUGACACUAAUCCCCACGCUCUCCACAUUGACCAUGGGGCAUGUUAUUUGCUUUUGUUGCAAUCUUAGUGCUUUUCAAGCGUCACCUGCGCUCUUUUUUGCGCAGGUUCCAGUAGCUAUUGUUUUUCUGUGCUGUAGCUGUUGUAGUAUAUAUUCUUUUUUGUCGUUCUUGGUUUGUUCUGAUAGUCCACAAGACUGUGCCAAGUGGUGCAUUUGCAGGUUUCCGUGGCAUAUGCAGCAAAAGAAUAAGGACAUUUUUUUUUGUAUAAAGCACAUAGGCUGUCUGCCUUAAGAAGUUGGGUUUUAAAUGUUUUUUAAGGUCUCAUAAUAGUGUACAGCUCGUUUCUAACAUGGUUGCUAGUUCUGUGUAGUAUCCUUGUUUCAUUUCUCUUUACCAUCUUUUUUUUUCAUUUCUUUCCUCCCAUAUCGUCGAUUCUCGUGAGAAUCAGUUGUUGAUGUGUAAAUUAUUUGCUCGUGUUUGCUAGUUUUGCGAUGACUGUACAUGACUAAUAUUAUUAUUAUUAUUAUUCUAAUUAUUAUAUUGUGUGCACUAUUUGGCACUGAGCCACACCCAGCGGCGGCCAUGUCACUACCUGCAACAUUUUGCACUUUACUGGGCAACGAAAGGCGCUAUCCUGCAGGCAUGUUUGCUGUCUCUAAUUUUGUGGCUUGUUUUGUGAGAACUCUCACAGGCAUGACCUUGUGUACUGUAAAACUGAGUCCUGUUGAGAUUUAAAUGGGUCGACCCUGGAUGUUGUCUCCUGCAACAUCACGACACAGUUUAGGUUGCUACGUUUUUGUCAGGCAGGUUGUACUGAAGUUAUACACGUACGAAGCGAAGCACUCUUUUUUGGCAACACUCGAUAUUAUUUUUGCAGAAACAAUGAUAAAACAAACGAUGCAGGAAAGGAAUGACCGGAACACUAUAUAAAGUUUUACUGCAAACAGAGCAAGAUACAUUCUGACGUAUCAGUAAUCCCAUAACUACAACCUUGUAACAUAUUGAUGAUUACUUUAUAAAAAUAGAUCGUAAGGUAAUUGCAUCGUUCUAAUGCAUUGGUAGGCGCGUUUGUUUGCUUUAAUGUAUUGUUUAAUUAAUUCCAUUAUAAUGUUUUUACCAUGAUGCAUCCAUCCAGUUUUGACCAUGUUGUGGUCGGCAGUGUGCAGCUCGUUAAGUAUACUAUGCAUUUAAGAAAGCUUUCAUCGCAAGACUGUAUAGUCGGUAGCAAUAUGUACGUUUCAAUUCUGAGGUCCUUCUUUAGAUAUAUUUAUUUUUGUAGAGACGCUUUUGGGUAUGGGAGAACGGUUGCAUUCAUUAGCUUAACUACUACCACAAAGCCAUGUCGCGGGCUAUUCCUGUGACUUCAGGACUAGUUUGCUCAAUGAAGUCAUCUGUAGGCCAGCCUUUAGGUUAGAAUUUUCCACAUGUGGAGUAAGAGCCUUGCAAAUAAAGUAACGUGUGAGCAUUCGAUUAAUUGCUCUACCUGCAAGGACCUUUGGCCGUUUGGGCAUUUCUAGCUUGUCUUGAAAGCAUUAUGUGCAAAAAAAAAAAAUUUACAACUCUCACAAGUGCUUAGACGUCAUUACAUUUAGACUUUGCGCUGAGGGCAAGAAUCAUUACCUUGUGAAUAUGCCGUCGCCCACCGAAAAAUGAGGUUGCAGUAAACAGGAGGUGCUUGCGCAGGGCUUCGUUACUAAUAAUCAAUGUGCAGACAUUUUUCUCAUACGGGGUCAUGCCUGUGAGGUUCUCAGCCAUUGACACUUUGUCCUGCAUUGAUGCGUCUUGUGCCAGUGUUCUUUCUGCGACAGGGCACGCUUGUCGCAUCACGAACGGGUGUUAAUGUUGCGUUUUUUUUUUUUUGGUUGCCCUGUGCAGUUGAGGUUUUCACCACUGUUCACAUACUUGAGUUGCUGGCGACUGUAGAUGACCAAGAGUGGUGUCACAUCGUGUUCGUUUUUGUUUGUUAGCUUUUUUACAAAGAAGAUCCGUUUGUAUUCUGUGCUGUAGGGGUGGACUGUAUGUGCGGUUUCCAGAGAAUGGUUUUCCUUUCCUAAUGCACGCAAGUUGUCUUUAUUUGAGCGCGUGUGUGUAUGUGUUUGCGUAUUGCAUCGAAUGGAAUUAGUUGUGUGUGCGCGUGUGUGUGCGGAACGUUUGAAAGCAGCCACAUGAGAGUUUCUGUAUGUACACGUGCGUUCCUCGAUAUUGGAGGUGCGCGCUGGUUUCUAGAUGUCGAAGUUCCAUAUGCCAAUAAACACAUUCACCAAUUUU